CUUGGUCUUUCCGGGUCCUUCCACGUUACACCCCUACUCCUGCCAAUCCCCAACAGGAGGGGGAAACCCGAGGGACCCCCUAGUUGGUCAUAUCCAAGAAGCUAUCCAAGAUCAUGGUGAUUUACAUCAUUGUGUUUGUCUAAGAAUUAGCAAUUCUAGAUCUUGGAUCCACUUGUAUUAAUUUUUGUGCAUAAAAUAGGAACCCAGAUUUAUUCUUGUACAGAGGCCCAGACAGUGGAGGUCAGAGUUCAAGAGGAGGCUAUACCUGUGCUGGAUUUUACCAGGAGGCAACAUUUUACAGGGAUAGAAAUGCGUAAAAGCAGCUGGCAGAAUAGGAGACGUGGGAGAAGAAGCCACCCACAGACCUCGAGGCUCAGACAACAGAGUUCUGAGAGGCAUGAUGCGGAGUCACAGCAGUGCUCUCCAGACUCCGGCCCUGGCAAUGAGGAGGCUCCAUCGACCUCAUCCGGCGCAGCUGGGAGUUCCUCUGCGCCAGAUCUACCAGGGUAUUACUUUGACCCUGAAAAGAAACGCUACUUCCGUUUGCUUCCUGGACAUAACAACUGCAACCCCCUGACGAGGGAGAGCAUCCGGCACAAAGAAAUGGAGAGCAAACGCUUAGCCCAUGAACUGCGAGUGAGCUGCAUGCAGAGACAGAAGGUCCUGAUCCAGAGCUCAGAUCCCUCUGCUUUGGCGAGUGACCGAUUUAACCUCAUACUGGCGGAUACCAACAGCAGCCGGCUUUUCACGGUGAAUGAUGUCAAAGUGGGAGGCUCCAAGUAUGGCAUCAUCAGCCUGCAGGGUCUGAAGAUCCCCUCACUCAAGGUGCAAAUGCACGAAAACCUCUACUUCACCAACCGCAAGGUGAACUCAGUGUGCUGGGCUUCGCUGAACCACUUGGACUCCCACAUUCUACUCUGCCUUAUGGGAAUUGCAGAGACUCCGGGCUGUGCCACCCUGCUCCCAGCCUCACUGUUCGUCAGCAGUCACCCAGCAGGAGACCGGCCCGGCAUGCUCUGCAGUUUUCGAAUCCCAGGGGCCUGGUCCUGCGCCUGGUCCCUGAACGUCCAGGCAAAUAACUGCUUCAGUACAGGCUUAUCUCGGCGGGUCCUGGUGACCAACGUGGUGACAGGACAGCGGCAGUCAUUUGGGACGAGCAGUGAUGUCUUGACGCAACAGUUUGCCCUCAUGACUCCUUUGCUGUUUAACGGCUGUCGUUCCGGGGAGAUUUUUGCAAUUGAUCUGCGUUCUCGAAAUCAGGGCAAGGGCUGGAAGGCCUCCCGCCUGUUCCAUGACUCAGCAGUGACCUCUGUGCAGAUCCUCCAAGAAGAGCAAUGCCUGAUGGCGUCUGACAUGGCUGGAGCGAUCAAGCUAUGGGACCUGAGGACCACUAAGUGUAUACAGCAAUAUGAAGGUCACGUGAACGAGUACGCCUACCUGCCGCUGCACGUGCACGAGGAGGAAGGAAUUGUAGUGGCAGUGGGCCAAGACUGCUACACAAGAAUCUGGAGCCUCCGUGACGCCCACCUGCUCAGAACUAUACCCUCCCCACACCCCACCUCCAAGGCCGACAUCCCCAGCGUGGCCUUCUCCUCUCGGCUAGGGGGCCUCCAGGGCGCUCCAGGGCUGCUCAUGGCCGUUCAGCAGGACCUGUACUGCUUCUCGUAUAACUGACAGGCAGGGUGUGUGGGUUGGAUGUAAGGGAGUACAGAGUGGUCGCCCCUCCUGCAGUGCUGCUUCUAGAGAGGGCAUUUCAAACGCUGCUCCCUGUGCGCAGCUCCCAGUUCAUCUGGCUGCUAAGGAGAUGCUGUUUUAUGUGGAGACACUUUUGUAAAGUUACUUCAGUUUAUUUGUGGGCUCAGAGAGCUUAACCGUCCUUUUCAUAAAAGGUAUCUACCUAUUUCCAUUUUUUAUUCAAUUGCUUAGCCUAGUCCCCACCCCACCCCCCACACUCUUUUUUAACAAAAAAGUUGAGGGCUGAAAAUUGAUAGUAACCAAAGUUUUUUUUUUUUUCUUUUCACCAAAAGCCCUUCAAGAAACCUAGUAAUGAGACUGGCUGAGACUUCGAGGGUGGUCAGUGCCUGGGUCCCAGAAAGACAUGCAUCUAUGCGUGAGAAAGACACCCGGCCACCGGGGACAGGGAGGGAAGUCAGCCCCUGAGUCGCUAGAGAAGCAGCAGCUGGAGUUGGGAAUCGUUAAGCCAGUCUUCUCAUGUAAGUUCACUCGAGAAUAACAGAUCUCUGUUACCCUUUUACUAUUCAUACGCAGUGGAGGGAGAAGUGGGCCUUUCCAUAAUAAGGGUCUUUAACAGGCCGCACGUGCCAGAUGUUAGGUGCAGCAGUCUUGUUUCUGUCAUCAUGACUUGAACGUCGGGUUCAAGGGCCCCCACCUCAAAGAAAGUUGGCUUUUACUUUUUGCAAUCUAAAGCAGCAGCUGGAGAGACGUUUAUACAAAGUACUAAAGAAUCUUACUAUCUUUCUACCAAAAAAUAAAGUAGA